AUGUGGCAGUUCUUGAUGACCUACGGACUCGGAAGACGAAAAAAAAGGACGACAUUGAGAACAGUUCAGGAAAUCAAGAAGACGGCAGGCCCAUCCCCUGGCAAUGGAAACUUUCAUUUCAGAAAGCGAGGAAGUUCGAAACGCGUCAUGUCGGGACCUGCUCAUAAGAAGACGUCAUCAACUUCGAUGGAAUUGAGCGACACUGUAGAUGAGGAAGACGAUCACUUCGAUGAGAGGAACGAAUAA